CAACAUCAUCCUUCCAUCAACCUCCCAUCCAGAUGUUAUCAGUCUUCCUCCAUCGUCGACCUGCGAUGGGCCCAGAAGUCGAAGUUGUUCUCGUUUAGUGUUGAUUCCUCGAAUCAUUAUUCCAUCUUUCCAUUGCUGUUCUCUUCUCCUGUUUAUAUCCCCACAAGAUCUACCAAAAGAUCUGCCUUGCGUCAUCCACCCGCCCCCGUCAGGUACCAGAGAAAGCUGCGGCAUCGGGGGAAUCUCGAACCCCACCCCGCCCAUCCCAUCAUCACACCUCAGCUCGGCUCGGUGCCCAGGAACCGAGAGAGAGGAUCGGCGGCAACGCAAGCUCGCCCAUAGCUCGUUCGUCCCAAUCAGUCAAAAAGCUCUCCCUGGUCGUCCAGCCGCUUGUUGCCCAACAUGGUUGUCUUUGUUGAUCUCGACGAGGAAAUGGAGCCUCUUCACGUUCUCGAGGCGCGCCGCCUGGCCGCUGCUGCCGCCAUCGCGACGCAUGGCCUAGAACCAUCCAGCCGCGAGCUUAAUCAUGAGCUCGAGAAGCCGAUGGGCGCUCCGAUUGUGUCGGUAGCUCCAGUUCCCUCACCGGAGCCCACGCCGGCAUUCCAGAGUACUGCUACUGAGGCUUUUGGCUGCUAUCCUAUCGUUAUGUCCAUUGCUGAACACAUCGACCUCAACACCCUCGACAGCCUAGCCCGUACCUCGCGCCAGGUUCGCCGCGGCUUGCUGCAGUACCGCUCUAUCCUUUUAUCGUCGACGCUACACUGCUCCAAUGAAGGCACACCCGUCGACCCAGAAUCCACCUUCCGCUUCCGCGCGAGGGCCGGCAACUGGUACUAUAUGGAAGACGGCCGAAAUUACAAUGGCAAGAGCGGCAGCUGUGCCCGGGACCUGGUGACGGAGUGUCGGAGGUGCAGGACCGUUGUGUGCAGGAAUUGCGCCAUCAAGCCGCCAGCACACAACGCCCUCCGUGAACGCCAUCGUAGGCUGUGUAACCCGUGCAUUAAGGCCCCAAUCGCGUCGCUCGUCAACUCCGCCCUGGAGCCCGAGACGCCCCUUAUGGAUGACGCAGUGCGACGAGAGAUUUGCCGGUGCGAUAUUGACGGCGUCUGGCUCUGCCAACCAUGUGGGCGAAGCAUGCGUGGAGAUGACCACGAAUAUCAGCGCAUUUGGAAAUGGCGAGCCCACUACGGCGAAGUCCUCGGCGGCCUCGGAACAGGUAUCGGCGAGGGUGACCGUGGCGUCAUUUGUGGUCGCGGGAGCGCCUGCGCCGGUGCCAAGGAGCGAGAGAACGAGACCGAUUGUGACGCCGAGGAUGCAGCUGUGAGCGGCGCGAACCUGUGGACGGCCACGAACCAGGUGCAUCUUGACACGGUGCGCUAUGAACGCACACCGAGUCCCCAGCUCGGCCCUGGUUACGAGAGGCAUGAGAUUGAGGGCAUCGGCGGCUGUGUCAAGACCAAGCUCAUCAGGAUGGUGAGAGUUGGUGCUUGUGUGCCCGAGUGGGACGAUGAGAAGAGUCAUCACAGCAUUCUCCGAAGAGAGGUUAAGGGCAUCAGGAGAAGUUGGUGCGGCUGGUGCUAUGGAGUGAUUCCCGGUGAAGCUGACUUGAAAAAGGUCGGUGCUACGAUGCGCCAACUUUGAGGCCUGGGUAACGAGUAUACUUUCAUUGUAAUGGCUUGAUGACAUCUGUUUCUUAUGGAGGGGGUUGGGGGGAUGUGGCACUAGGGAGAUGAUGCCGCGUCGCAUAAGCUGCACGGCGAACUUUACACGCAAUGCCGGAGAGGCACAAGAGGAACAUGACCGUAACGGGGAUGCGGCGGAGGCCAAGUAUCUCCCACUGAAGAAUUGGCGCGAGACAAUGUUCAACGCAGCACACGCCGAGCUACGGCAUUCGUUGUCAAUUGGACAUUCCAGACCACGGUCGUCCUGGUUAGGACCAAAUUUAGGAUAGCGGCAUCUAGGCGCACAUAAUAAUGGCGGAGUAGAUACGGAAAAACAAUAUACACGAAUUUAUACAAGGCUUUAUUCUUUUGUAUACAUGUGUUUUGGGGGUGGUUCCGGUAGCUUCGCAACCCGCAAAUGCCCUGUUUCUUAUCCUACAGUAUCUCUCUCUUUCCCCUCUGUCUCAUCCCCAUUUUGAUACUCCUUGCUAUUUGAUGCUACAGAGAAUGGACGUGCCAUAACUCACACACCCCCUUUUCGUCUCAUAUUGGUGGUACACAGCCCCUCCUCCGACGUGGCGGUACAUCUUGAUAUUUGCGUCUAGGCGACCUCCUUCUCAUGAAUGGCCCGUAGCCCACGCAGGAAAGUCGACCUUGCUGGCCAAGCCCCUCCUGGUAACGUUCACACCCCUUGAGGCGAGUACGUCCAGUUCACACUCAUCACCUUUUGUC